AUGAAACAGCAAAACUAUCAGUUGAACGGUACCAUCUCAAGAUUGGCGAAUGGCACUGUUACCAGCAAUAACUUCUCUACACAACAGCCAGUCAGUUCAUCCAACCGGUACAGAACAACAACACGCGAAAGGCCGUUUUCACUUUCUUCUCCCACUCCAAGAACAGUCGUAGCCCAUCAACAACAACAACAACAACAACAACAACAACAACAACAACAACGACCAAAAGAACGAUGCAUAAGAGGAACAACUGGAGUUUAUACUAGUAAUGGCAGCGGUAAUGGCUCUGUUGCUGCUGCGGCGACAGCAAUAUUGAAAUUGGCAGCUUCAGAAGAAGUACCAGGAAGUGUUCCUGUGUUGCCAAAGCCGCGUGAGGACCCCAAUGACUUAUUGCGUAUUCGUCACCUCAUGACGGGGAAAAAUAAUAAUAAUAAUAAUAAUAGUACUAAUAGUCAUAAUAAUAGAAACAGUGGUCGUAGUAGUAGUAGUAUUAGUAAAGUGAAUGGUAACAAUACGGGCAGCAUAAAUCACGGCUCUGGUCAUGAACUGCACACUGAACCGGAGAAGGCCUCACGUCAGUUGCCUUCGCCCCGACAUGCAAAACCAGUAACACAAUUACAGAGUUCUCUGCGGUCAGCUUUAAGAAUACGGCCGCCAGCGUUGCGUUCAUCGUCUUGCAAAGAUAGUGGGAGGGCAAAAGAAAUGACUCAACAGAGAAUAGAGAAGAAUAUUUUGCAGCGUAAAGAACAACGAAGACGUGAGUUAUAUGCAUGGAAUGAGGAGCUACGGCAUCAGCAUGAGAAUAAUAAGUCAGCAGAUGCUGUAUAA